AUGUCGUUGACACCAUCAAUGUUCCAGACAAUCGUAGAAAGAUGCGUUUUACGUAAUGUGAGUUGAUUUUUAUCAAAUUUGAAGUGGAAAUGUUCAUUUUUCAGUUUAUCACUCAAAAAUUCAAAGAUGAAAUUAAGCGAAUGGAAGAAAAUGGUGAAAAACUAGACGAAUCUUCCAAUAAACGUCUUCUGGGAAUGUUAUUUGAAAACGACCUCGAAAUGAAAAUCUACUAUGAAGAUCCCAAAACAAUUAUGGGAGAUUUUUACAAAUAUUACACAAUGUCACAAAAUGCCGAUUAUUUGGGAUUCUCUAAUUCAAUUGAUUACAAAUCUCGUCCAGCAAUGUUGGAAUCAAUUUCUGAAGUCUCAUUUAUGUCAAAACUCGACACAUAUUUCUUCUUUUUGCUGAGUUCUGAAGUGAAGUGUAAAUUCUACGCGAAAUCGAUUGAGAAUCGUAUUAAGAGAGAGCUUCAAGGAAAGUAUGAACUUGUUCCACAACAUCGAAAACACGAACAAUAUCCUGUGAAUACAACUAUCGAAAAUUCUGUAAGUGUUUAGUAGAAUCAUUAAUAUUUUCUAAUUUUGCAGCGAAAAGUCGAUGUCAUUUUGUUCAACACUGUCGAUGAAUUGUUCAAUUUACUUUCAAAAUAUUACAACAAAGAAUACGAUGAAGAAUUAUUGAGAGAACUUCGAAAAUUCUUGGAAACCGAAAACAAAUCCAAACCAAUCAUCGAGAACAGAGACUUCUACAAUAAGAUCUGUUGCGAUCAUGCAAACUUCAAAACCGCUAUUGAUGCAAUCUUUUUUCAAGAAGAUGGUGGUAUUCUCAACCAAAAACCUUCUGCAGUCGUUCGAUUUUUCACUGAUAAAAACAUCACUGGGGGUUGUUUCUUUGCGAAAGAAUUGGAGAAUGCACUUGAUGUUGCGAUGAUGGAAAAACACAAAAAACCUUUUCCAAAAGGAUUAUUUCCAGUUGAAACGGAAGAAGAUAGAAAACUUGGAAUUUUGAGAGUUGUUGAAUGGAAAACUUUUGAGAAUAUUUUGAAAAUCUUGAAGUUGGAUGAGACGGAUUUGCAUGUUAGUUAAGAAAAACUGUGGAACUGAAUUCUGAAUAUGAGUUAUGACGUGGCAAGGGAUUUGACUAGAACAUAAGUUCAGUUUUCUGAAUGAUAAUAAUUAUAGGAAAUUGUUCAGAAAUCUGGAAAUUAUCGAUUUUCAGAAAAAUUUAGAAUCUGAAACCCAACUCAUGCAAUCGGUCUUUCCUAUGCUGAUUUUCGAAGCUGCCACGUCAUAACUUGAAUUCGGAAUUGAGAAGUUUUUAUCAAAAAGUCAAAAAAUCAAUAUUUUCCAGAUCAUCGAAGUCGAAGCAGAUUAUACCUCGCGCUCAAUUCAAAUCCCAGUCAUAACUCCAUACGGAACCUAUGCUUGUUUCGCAAAAAAUGCAUUCGAAAAUGUUUUCGAUCAAGUUUCAGUUGGAGUGAAAAUUUUCAGAAGUAUGACAGAACAAAAUGUUCCGCACGUUUUUCAUUGGUUCGAAAAUCUUGCAGAUAUUUUUGACUUUUUACGUGUAAGUCUACAUAGAUUUUCUUUUUGAUUUUGGAUUCUAUAUCAUUCAGAAAUACCGCUACUUCAUCGAAACUUGGAAAAUCGACGAGAUCAUCAAUAAUGCCUACAUCGACCUCAAACAAUAUUCAACUGAACCAAUCUACCAAAUUCCCGACAAGACUUAUAAUCGUGAUAAAGCGAGAAAAGAGCUCUACAAAUUAUCUCCAAAUUAUAUGGAGCAAUGUGGAUUCAAACUUCGAUGUGAUUUCGAACUCAAAACGAUCAAGAAGAAAACAAUGUUGACAAAAUCAGUGAUAAUGAAAAAAUAUGAGGAAAUUAUGUUCCUCUCGUUCAAAUGGGUCAUUAGAAAGGUGAGCUAGAAGCUUUGCCACGUCAUAACCAAUGUCAAUUUUUUUCAGUUCGAUUAUUUCGAGAAACAUCAAUGUUUGGAUGAGACAGAUCAACGAGAAGAAAUGUUCGAAGUGAUGAAUUCCUUGAAAAUCGAGCAUGUUCCGAUCUAA